AUGGCGACGGAGGCCUUCCCCGCGCUCUCCUCCACUGUGGCUCCCGCGCCCUCUGCCCUUUGGUCCACCAACCUCACCGUGAGUUUCCCAGCCCUCCCCUUUCUGCGCGUGCUCUCCGCUUCCCCCAUCUGCACGCACUCCCCGUUCCCCGUGCUUUCCUCCCUCCUCUCCCCUCAUCCUGCUCAACUCCCCCUCUUCCCCCGACCCCAGACGCCGUACCCAACGAACGCGCCGUGGCAGAACUUCGUGCUGGGGCAGGGCGGAAACUCUGAGCUCGUCACGCCGUACAUCGUGCAGAGCGCGGAGGGGCGCGUCGCGUGGGGACUGCCGGUGCGCGACCCGCAACCCGGGUACAUCAUGCAGGCGUUCGUCACCGCGCUCAUGCUCUCCACGCUGCAGGGCCUCCCCCUGCACCAGCUCUCCGCCUACGACGACCUCUCCGCCACCCUCUCCUUCCGCCAACCCUCCUCCGCACCCUCCGAUCCCUCCGCGUUCGAGGUCCCCCUGGUGCGGGGUUCACCCUUCCUCACGUUCAUAUUUCCCCCGGGCGGCCCCCCAGCGACGCCCAUGCUGACGACGAUCCACGCCAUCACGGGUGUGGAGGCCAGCAGCGACAGCAGCAAGUACCGUGUCGCGCUCAACAACGGCCAGGUCAGCCCUCCGCGCCAUCCGCGCCCCUUUGCCACCCAGCGCCUGCCACCGUCCCCCCCUCCCCCUCUGGAACCAGCCCCAUUCCCGUGUCUCGCUCGCCAUAACUCUUACGAUUUCCCCCCUCCACUUGCUCACUCCCCAUACUCACCUCCUCCUUCUGCGCGUUCCCCCCCCAAUCCCCUGCCCCUACACCAGACAUGGCUGGUGUACCUGUCGUCGCCACUGGCACUGCGGCAGGACGGGUCAGCGCUGGUGGCGGACGCGCCCUUCACGGGGACGAUGCGCGUGGCGCUGCUGCCCAGGACCUCCCCGCAGGACGAGGAGGCGCUGCUGGACGCGCACGUGCCCACGGUGCCGGUGGGGGGGAGCGCGCAGGUGGGCGAGUUCCGCAUCGAGUACACCUGGCGCACCCAGCACUGGCGCCAGCUGGCUGACGGCGACACCGAGGCGCCGCUGCUCAUGCUCUCGCUGCCAAUGCACCGGCGCAUGGAAGUGAGCGCACACAGCCCCUCCCUUGCCUCCGCCCUCUGUCGUCACUGCAGCAGCUCCCCUUGCGGCGUCAUGGGCGCCCUCCGCGGCCACCACAACCCCGCCUCUGCCGGCCCCUCCAUGGCACGAGGCAGUGCACGGUGGUCGUCCGUGCGAGAUGCGUCCGUGCCCGAUGCAUCAGUGCUGACAUACCCCACCAUCGACGGCCAGGCGGUGGGCAUGCAGGGGGCCGUGUGGCGCCUCAACGUGCCCAAUCGCCCGUCCACAUGGAAAGCGGGGCCCCUCUCGUCCGACGCACAGCUGCUGGACGAGCUCAGGGCCAGCCUCAAGCAGGACGUGGCAGCGCUGUCGCCCCUCUCCUCCACCUCCACCUACUCCUUCGGCAAGGCAGCUGCGCACGCCGCCCGCCUGGCACUCAUUGCGAAACAGGUGGAAGACGAUGACAGCCUGGCCGCCGUGCUGCCGCCCCUGCGAACCGCGCUCUCCGCUACGGUGUGGCGCUCAAGGACCUCAUGGCGGACUACAUUCCCAAGGCUGCGGCACUUUGACGCGUACGCGCUGCACUCGUGGGCCAGCGGGCUGUUUGAGUUUGGCGAUGGGCGCAACCAGGAGAGCUUCAGCGAGGCGGCCAACGCGUACUAUGCGGGGGCGCUGCUGGCGUCCGUGCUGGGCGACCAGCCGCUCGCCACGCUGGGCGCCACGCUGGCAGCCGUGGAGGCCCUCGCCGGGCAGACCCUCAUGCACGUGCCGCUUGCCUCAUCCGCCCCGGAGCCCUCCCUCUCACCGGCGUACGAGGCGGUGUUUGCGGACGGCAACCGCGUGGUGGGCGUGCUGUGGUCCACCAAGCGCGACGCGGCGCUGUGGUUCGCUCCGCCUGCGGACAUGGAGAAGAGAGUUGGCAUCCAGGUGCUGCCCGUCACGCCCUUCCUCACCCACCUCUUCCCCGACCACGAAUUCGCCAAGCAGCUCGUGGAGUGGGCUCAACCCGUGCUGAGCGGCGCCGUCACGGACGAGUGGCGUGGCUUUGCGUGGGCGCUGCAGGCGCUGUACGACCCCCAGGGGGCCAGGGCGAACAUUGCUGCUCUAGGUGCUUUUGAUGAUGGCAACUCCAAGACCAACAUGCUCUGGUGGCUCGCUUCCAACAUGCCAUAG